AGAAUAGAUUCCUUAGCACGCUAGCCUCCGAGACAAAAGAAAAAAGUAAAGGCCUGCGAAAUGAAAAUCAUGUGCAUCAUGAUCUUGUUUUGGCCCCUCUCUGUGCUAUUAUCAGACGAAAGCCUGACUUCUCAAACAGAAGUCAAAUGUAAUUUCACUGAAAAGAAUUAUUCUUUGAUUCCAGCGGAUAUCAAUGAAAACGUUACUAUUCUUGAUCUCAGUUAUAACCAAAUUACUCUGAAUGUUACAGACACGAGUGUUCUACAGACUUAUUUUUUACUCACUGAGCUCUAUUUGAUGGAGAACAAUGUUGCUAUCUUAGAUAAUAAUAGUUUUAGUAACCUCUCCAAUCUAGAAAUUUUAAAUAUUUGUAGAAAUUCCAUCCACGUAAUUCAACAGGGUGCAUUUACAGGCUUAAAUAAACUAAAACAGUUACAUCUCUGCCAAAACAAAAUAUUACAACUGAAUCCUGAUAUAUUUGUGCCUCUAAAAAACCUGAAACUUCUGAAUCUGCAAGCCAAUUUGUUAAGCUAUUUUGAUGUACCACAACUGUUUCAUCUGGAAUUAAUAAUUUUAUAUGGAAAUCCAUGGAACUGCUCUUGUAGUCUCUUGAAUUUGCAGAACUGGUUGAACACUUCGAAUGUGACACUAGAUAAUGAGAACAUCACCAUGUGUAGCUACCCAGAUAUCCUGAAUUGCUACAGUAUCAAAACAGUUCCUUACAAGGCUGAAUGCUACUCACAAUUUCCUUCAUUUGUAUCUGAAGAUCUUUAUAUCCAUCUUCAGUCCAUUAGCAACUCAACAUUUAAUUGCUCUUUGAACAACUUAACAACAACAGAACAUGAACCUCUUGGAAAAAGCUGGGCCUUUCUUGUUGGUGUUGUGGUCACUGCACUGAUGACUUCACUCCUCAUUUUUAUGGCUAUCAAAUGCCCAAUAUGGUACAAUAUUCUGCUUAGCUACAAUCAUCAUCGCCUAGAAGAGCAUGAAGCCGAAAUCCAUGAAGACGGUUUUACUGGAAAUCCAAGUUCUCUUUCACAGAUACCAGAUACAAACUCUGAAGGCUGUGCAGGAACAUUUGAACAACUACAUUCAUUUGCGGUAGAUGAUGAUGGGUUUAUUGAAGACAAAUAUAUAGACACUCAUGAGUUAUGUGAAGAAAACUAAUUUCUUUCAAUGUUUGAUUCUUUAAAAUAUGUUGUUAUAUCACUCACAGUUUAGGUAUGGAGAUUUUGAUAUGUGACAUACCAAACUAGCAGACUUUCAUAUUAAUAGCAACAUAUUAAUUGUAGAUCCAAAUACAGUAACUGACACUCCUUGACAGCUAACAGUUACAACACUAGCAUUAUUAUUCUCAGCAGUAUUCAGGAGGCCAUACUUACUAGUAAGGAAAAGUAUUAAAAGGCCUUUAAUCAUUAAUUAAACUGAUUCUCAAAUUCGCCCAGAUACUUGAUGUAAUACACAUUAAAUAAUAUUAAAGUUUUACUGCUUGGAAUUGGUAAAGAAACAAAGCUUUUGGAUUUAUAUCAUGAGUCAAAGUGAGAAACAAAGACAGCUUAAACAAACACUAUACUAAGAUUGAUUUUAUGCUCAUAGAAUGAAUUCAUAGAAUUGGAAAAUAGUUUUUUUAAAUGCUUCCUGAAUUAGCACAAUAAAUUUCCUGAAAAUUUAGUAGCAAUUUAAAGCACAGGCAAAAUGUUCAGGCACAAUCUCUAAUAAGUUACUACUGAUUUUGGCUAUAAAGAUAGACCAUCACCAUAAUACACGAUCGUUACAAUUGAAUAGUAUGGGGGCUUCCAAAGUGAGUAUCACAAUGAUCUAUGAAUCUUGUUUUAAAAAAUAUUUAUUUCUGCCUCUCUUGGGGAGAUUUUUAUUCAAAUGAGUCUGUGCUGGGACUGAGGAAUGUUCAGCUGGUCCACAGACAGCUGUUUGGGAUCCUAUAGAUAGAGCAAUGUUUUCUAAACUGUUUUCAAGACCAUUAAUUUUCAGAGAGACAUUCAGAAGUAUUUACAGGAGGAAAAAAAGGUAUAUAGUCAAAUUACCAGAGAACUACUAUAGGAACUACCGGGUUUAAACAGAGUGAAACAAGAUAUUUUAUCAUAGGACUUAUCUAAGACUUUACUAAGCGAAACUGCUUUCUGCUCUGCAAGAGCAAAGUACUGAAUAUUCUCUAAACUUGGAGCUGGCCCAGUGGCGCAGCAGUUAAGUGCGCACAUUUCGCUUCUGUGGCUCGGGGUUCGCCGGUUCGGAUCCCCAGUGCAGACAUGGCACUGCUUGCCAAGCCA